GAGGCAAAAAUCAGGGCAGGUCAGCUUGUUAGCCGGCAAUAAAGGCGUCGAUUACAUUUUCCCUAUACGUACGGAUUGUAACGUCUCUUGUAAAUUAUAAAUGUAAAUAUGCGUAUAUAUUAUUACACGAAUUAGUUGCUAAUAUAGCUAGCUAGCUCGCUGGUUAGGUUAAAUGCUAGCUAGCUAGCUUGCUUGCUUGCUUGCUACAAGUCAAUCGGCAAGUUGCAUCGCCAGCUAGCUAGCUAGCUCGUUAAUCAAUAACGCGGAAUGGUAGCUAGCUAGCUAACGGUUAGGAGGUCUGCGGGAUACAAACACUUACAACAUUAGCCAGUGGGCAGUAGAAAGUGCGCUUUUAUACGCAGUGUAAGGCUUAAGGUAGCAUCUCGCAGCAUCUGCUGUUGUGCUCAGAUAACGGACUGAACUCAAACGUUGAGAGAGACUGCUGGACACGCAAGGGAGCAGAGUGAUACUCGGCAAGACCCCGUUCUCUUGUCAUACGCGCCUCCUUGGUCUUCUUCGUCUCUUCUAGCUAGUUUGCCAAGAUAGCUACAGAAAAUAGAAAACAAAAACCAUGUGGACCACUUCAGCGGAUACCGCUCGGACCCUGCGAAGCGCCUUCCUCGGGGUACGAGUUUCGACGGGCCGCUGACUGGACGCCACCGAACCCCGAUAUCAAAACAAAACAGUUGUUGGCUUUGAUAAGAAUUAAUUAUCAGGUCACAAGUGAGGUGUUGGGAAAGAGGACUGCACAGAAGAGUCUGGCACCGGUGGACUACUGCAGAACUUCACUACUAAGAGUAAAACUGUGGGACCAUGUUGAGUAUAUUAGCCGCCGGAUCCAUCUUUUUCCCAGGACUAUUCCUGCUGUCAAAGCGCUGUCUCAGACAAAUCCCAGGACUGAGAUGGAGCGAGGGGGAUGCGGUUAUUGUUUCUGCCAGGCUAGUCUCCUCUAUUCAGGCAAUUAUGGCUUCCUCAGCUGGUUACAUCAUUGCUACAUCCUGUGAUGACAUCAUUGAAGACCAGCACUGGCUGACCAGCACCUACAUUCUCUUUGCUGUACCGUACUUCGUCUACGACAUCUAUGCCAUGUUCAUGUGCUAUUGGCACAAACUACAGGUCAAAGGUCAUGAGGAUGACAGUGGCCCCAAGCCCAUUGGUGCAGCCCUGACCAGCUACCUACGACGGGAAUUCCUCAUGGUGCUGCACCAUGUCGUCAUGGUCACAGUCUGCUUCCCUGUCUCUGUGUUCUGGCGUCAGGGAAAGGGGGAUUACUUUCAGGGUGUCAUGUUCCUGGCUGAACUCAGCACUCCGUCCGUAUGUCUGGGAAAAAUUCUCAUUCAGUACAAGCAGCAGCACACUCUCCUGCACAAAGUGAAUGGAGGUCUUAUGCUGGUCACUUUUUUCAUCUGUCGAGUUCUUCUCUUCCCCUACCUCUACUACGCCUAUGGCAGGUACGCCUCUAUCCCUUUCUACAUGGUCCCUUUCUCAGUGCCCUGGCAGUGUAACCUGGGAGCAGCCCUCCUCAUGGCUCCCCAGGUGUACUGGUUCUCCCUCAUCUGCAGGGGGGCCUUCCGCCUCUUCACCGGCUCCUCACGAUCCCGCCACCUCCCUCCUACAGCCAAGGUUGAUUCAGACGGCAACACCCUGGCCCCACCCGCCAAUGGGUACAGCACCCGGGAGAGGGAGCAGGAAACAGACACACACUAAGAGCAGGAGAAAUGAGGGAGGAGAGAGAAAGAGGGGGUCUGAAAGAGCACUGCAGAGGGUGGGGGAUGUAGAAGACACACAGAAAGGAGUGUUUGGGGGAGGGUGGGCAAAUGUGUUGUACUGUAUUUUUGUAAUUGGAACUUUUACUCUCACAGAGAAGGAAAGGGGCUGACCAUUACAUUAUACUUAAGGAAAGAAAGAAGUUAAAGGGGAUGCAGAUAUAGAAGCCAAAACCUUUUCUUCCUUCAAUUUCCAUCCAUAUUUAUUAGCAGUCACUAUUAGACUAGAUUCUGAGAGAGCAUUUCUAAUGGGGUACCUGAUGUACUGAAAAAUAGGGGGAAAACUACUUGGACAAGUGGCAAUGUGUUUUGUCACCCACUGGGUAUUUGCAUGUAGUUAAAAAGAACUUAGGUAGAGGUAGGAAAAGAGAAAGUCUAAUUGUGAAAUGCUUUGCUGAUCCUGGAAAUUGGAAGGCUUAAUACAGUAAACACACAUUGACUGAUGGUGUGAUAGGGUAAGUGAAGAUUUACAAUGAGAAAGGUAUUGAAAGGCAAACUGGUGGAAAUAGAUAGUGUAGGGAACAGUAGAUUAGCCAACAGAUUGUAUUCUUUUAAAGAUAAAAUCCUGUUAGUGCAGUAAGGAGGUUCAGGAUUUAGGAAUGUAUUAUAUUGUAUAUGAUAGUAAAUUAUUGUAGAUGACCAAUUCAGCUUAAUUAACAAAGAAAAAACAAACAGUAUUUCAACAUGUUAGUGUUUAUUAUCUCCUAUGUAAUCACUGUCACUCCUAAUGUCAGUAGCUGUCAGAUAAUCGUUUGCCUCUGGAAAAAUAUCUCACAUGAUUCCAUAUUAUGCUGCCUUAUACCUCCUAUAUAUUUACCCUCACCCUUUCUUUCUCUGGUCCUAGCUAUGGUUGUUAUGUUGUUUUGUUUUCCCUAGGAGAAGGGGGAUGAAAUUUCUUUACUUCGAAAUGUGACUGGUGUACAUAGCAUUUGUAACUGUAUAGCUAUUGUUUGUGUAAAUUAUUAGUUUUUAUUAAUGUAAAGAAUUUCUUGUCAGGUUUCAUUUAUGCAUAUAAUUUAUUUAUUCAUGUCUUGGUUAUCAAUGGACUCAAAUUUUAGUACGGGUAGUCAUUUUUAGUACGAGGCUUAUCCGUUUCCCCUUUCUCUAUUUCUGUCUCGUUAUUUAAACACAAACUAGGCAGAGAGUAAGAAGGGAAAACACUGAGGGGGAGGAAUAAGGCAGAAUGAUGCAGAGUGUCAGCUGGACAGUCUCCUACAGGCAUCAUGUGUCACGUGUCAGGUACAAUUCUAUACACACAGACUGUCUAGCUGACCAUUUUUUUUUUUUUAUUAUUUUAUUUUAUUUUUAUUUCACUUCUGCCACUGUUGAAUUGUGGGACAAAAUUCUGGGAUAAUGGUUAUAUCCCACAGCAUAAACAGCAAGACACCCAGGGCCAUGACAAAACUUCUGAGACAGCAGAUGUCAUUGUAUAAUAAUGCAGUGUUAUGUAGCAAAGGAGAGAAAAUGAGUUGAAGAAGUACCUCCACAAUUAUGUAUUAUGUGGUGGACCCACAGAACUUUCAUGUACUGAAAAAACAUUAAUAUUAUGUGUACAGACUGAUUGCCUAGACCAUUGCUUCUCAGUCCUGGUCAUGGAUGGCAGCAUUGGCUACAAACUUUUCUCCCAGGCAGGUAGUUAAUUACCUGGUUCAACUGUCUUCGUUGAGCCAGUUUAACUACCCUCUCUAAAGUCUGUGUUAGUGUAUUGCAGAGAGCUGCCCUCACAUACCCCACAGGGUCGGAGUUGAGUAUUUCUAGACUACUACAGUAAACUUACAAUGCACUCUGCCUGAGCUAUCAUAUAUCAGAUAUAUUUUGUAAUCAGUUUGACUGUUGAAGAGACAUUGUGUCCUUUUUGAGAAAGUAUUUGACCACCCACUACGUGUAUUAUUCUGGUCAUUUGUUGUAGUGGCUGGCUCAGUUGACACACACGUGGAACAUUGAAAGGUCCUAGAUCUGUCAAAAUGUUACUAUCACUACCUGGUCAUAUCUAAAUUGCAGUGGAUGAUUUUUAUAGCAUGCUUGAAAUCUAUGGAAACAUGUACAUCUCUGUACUCUGGUUGUGGAGGACAUUGGGUCUUAUGACUGUUAGAAUUGUGUAGAGAGAACUGGUUAUUGGAAUUUUAAAGACUUGUGUUCUUGAUAACAGCAAAGAAGAAUUGAAAUGACCAGUUUUUCCCCAGGCUUAAAACAAUGAACUUAACAAAUUGCAUAAAGUAAUUUUUAAUCAGGUACUUGGCAAUUAAACUAAUUUACUGACUUUAGUUAAUUUGAUUACAAAAGUAAAACAAAACCAACACUGCAGCCCUCAAGGGGCUAUACUGUACUAUACUGCCCAUUACUGCUUUUUAAUGUACUAUUUGCACGAUGACAAUGAGACUGCUCUACCAUUGUUACUCUGGAAAACAUCUCCUAAUUUUACCAAGUUUCCAUGGUAUAGGUGCUUGUCACUGAAAGUAUUGAAACAAAUAUACUGUGUCUUCCUUAAUUUAUUUGUAUUUAUUUAUUUUAUCCAUUUAUUUUGGGAGCUUCUGAAUGUACAUAUUUAUACAUAUUUAUGGAAAAUACUGUAUCUGCUUCUGUUCCUUUUAACUGCUACCUAAAGGCUGUACUGUAACUCAUACUCUCUUGGCAAAAAUAUACUCUGAUGU